UACUCUCUCUCUCUCCUCUCUCUCUCUCUCUCAUAUGACUUCAAUCUUAAGUAUGAUUUCUUUUUUCUUCUCUUAAACCCCUUUAAAUCAUCACAACAUAUUCUCAAUGAUAUACAUGUUUGGUUCUACCAUGUUGGGAACAUGCCGUAGCUGUCACUAUUAAGUCCCGAUCUCGAUAAAAGCCCGUUCGAGUUUGUGUUUCCUCUCUCCCAAGUCCCGGUCUCGAUAAAAGCUCAUUUUCCCUCUCAAGCCUCGAUAAAAGCUUGUUCGAGUUCAUUUUUCCUCUAGAGUCUCGAUAAAAAGCUCGUUUAUCGUCAUCUGAGAGUGGGAAAUGGGGCGGAAUUCGUGUUGUGUGAAGCAGAAGCUGAGGAAAGGGCUGUGGUGCCCUGAAGAAGAUGAGAAACUUUAUAAUUAUAUAACAAGAUUUGGAGUUGGUUGUUGGAGCUCAGUGCCUAAAUUAGCAGGAUUGCAAAGAUGUGGGAAAAGCUGUAGAUUGAGAUGGAUCAACUACUUGAGGCCUGAUCUCAAAAGAGGAAUGUUUUCACAACAAGAGGAAGAUCUCAUCAUUAAUCUCCAUGAAGCUCUAGGCAACAGGUGGGCUCAGAUUGCAGCGCAAUUGCCGGGAAGGACAGACAAUGAGAUUAAGAAUUUUUGGAACUCGAGCCUGAAGAAGAAGCUGCUGAAGCAAGGGGUCGAUCCCAACACACACAAACCGAUGAUGAUCAAAGAUGAGAGAGAAAGCAGCGGCGAUUUGAGUUCUUCAUCGCUGCAGAAUAUUCUUCACCAUCAGCAGCAGGUACGGGGGCUCCAAACCUCAGGCUCGGAAACGUACAACCUCAGCAGCCUGCUGUGCAACACCAAUGCAGCAGGGAAAAUGCGGGAGAAUAAUUGUUCGAACAAACAAGUCUACGAUCCUCUCUUCUUGUCUGAAUUCCAAGCCAACGUGGAUCCUGAUGGAUUCCAAUCCACCUUUCUCUCUCAUUGCCAACAGAAUCUUAAUAAUAAUUCUAAUAAUAAUAAUAAUUCUAAUAAUAAUAAUAAUAAUCCAAUUUGUGGAUUCAAUUCAAUGCCAGACCUGACCAAUUUCGAUCACCACAAUUUGGGGAAAUUGGUGAUGAAUGAAGCUAAAGAGAGCUCAAUUUUGAACUUUCAAAGCGCAAUGACGAUGCAGACGAACAACAACGACAACAACAACAGCAGCAGCAACGCGUUUUCGUGGGACGGGAAGCUGGAUUCGGUUUUCCAGUUCCAAUUCAGUGGGAUUCAGAUUGAAGAAAGGGGUGAUUUGAAGCUUCCGAAUCAGAUUUCGGAUGAUGAUUUUGGUGCAUACGUGUUUGAUCAUCGUAUAUAGAUUGGAAAUGUACAUGGAGGAAAAUACGUAUAAAUACAAAAGAAGAAGAAGGAAAGGAAAAAGGUAGAGAGGUGUAGAAGGAUUUGAUUCGGACAUUACAUUAGAUUCCUACGUUGUUUGUUUGGAUUGAGGAUUGGUAAAAGUGAUGUUUCAACAGUUUAAUUAUGGGAGGAAAGAAAAAUUGGUGAAGUUUUGUUUUAGUGAUGUGGUCCAAAAUCUAUUAUUGUUAUAUAUCCAAUGGUAGUUUGAUUUGCUGGCA